GAAGCUAUUAAAGCUCGGACACUUCCGGGGCUGCCAGACAGUGGCUGCUGACGGAUAUGGCGGAGAACGGUUGUGAGGUGAACGGCUCCGGCGGGUCGGUGUGUCGGAGGUGUACGGCGGCCCCCGGCGAGAGGGGGAGCACACCGGGCGGAGUGUCCAAGUGGGUCCGGCUAAACGUCGGCGGAACGUGUUUUCUGACCACACGGCAAACUCUGUGCAGAGACCCGAAGUCCUUCCUGUACCGGUUAUGUCAGGCGGACCCCGACCUGGACUCGGAUAAGGAUGAAACGGGCGCCUAUUUAAUAGACAGAGACCCCACGUACUUUGGCCCAGUAUUGAAUUACCUGAGGCACGGGAAGCUAGUCAUAAAUAAAGACCUAGCAGAAGAAGGUGUCCUGGAAGAAGCGGAGUUCUACAAUAUCACAUCAUUAAUUAAACUGGUAAAGGACAGAAUAAGGGAGCGGGACAGUAAAACCUCACAGGUGCCAGUCAAACAUGUUUACAGAGUACUUCAAUGUCAGGAGGAAGAGCUAACCCAAAUGGUGUCCACAAUGUCAGACGGCUGGAAAUUCGAGCAGUUUGUCAGCGUAGGUUCCCUGUAUGGAUGCGGGCGGGAUCAUCAGUCAGAGUUUCUGCUCAUUGUUUCAAGGGAAGUCAAAGUGGAGGAGACCAGCCUCCAGAUGUGCAGCGGCAAGCUCGUCAGCAUCGGUUCUUCCUACAACUAUGGAAAUGAAGAUCAAGCAGAGUUCUUGUGUGUGGUCUCCAAAGAGUUGCACAAUACUCCAUAUGGCACUACUAGUGAACCUAGUGAAAAGGCAAAGAUCUUGCAAGAGAGGGGCUCCCGAAUGUGAAGUGUCCUGUAAGAAGAUAUAUAUAUUAUAUAUUUUUUUUAUAUAAUUUUAUUCCAAGCAAGCAAUGAUCUGGCGGAGAAUCUCCACUGUAACAAGCCACCACAAAAUGUCUGCUUUCCGAUUAGCGUUUCUUGGGCUGUCAUGAAUAACGUGUACUGUACUUGUGGUGGAAGCUUCAGUGUUUCAUUCAUGGGGACUUGGUGUUGAAGAACUUUGAAGUGGGUCUGUUCUAAUGUAUCUUUUCCCUACCCCUGUUUUUAUUUUAUUUUACUUUAUUUUAGGACCUUUUUGUACAUCAGUGGUAUUACAGCCGGGGUGACCAGACCAGAGUCCAUCCAACAUGUUGCCCUCUAACAUCCCUACACUUUGUACUUCAACACUACAUAUGACCCACGGUUUUUCUGCCACCUUUAAGUCCUGUCCAAAUUUUAGGGAGGCCUCUUUCUCUGCCUGAGACUCUUAGCCAAUCACUUCCUCUACCUGGGUUUUGUCAACCCACCUAUAGGGAUCAGCGAAUGUCACAUGUUCUCUGCGCUGGUGUAUUGUUGCAGAAGGCUUCUUCCGUAGAAACUCUACUUCCUUGGGAAAAAAUUGGGCAAACAGGUUUUAUAUAA